AUGGCAGAUCAACUCACAGAUGAUCAGAUCUCUGAAUUCAAGGAAGCCUUCAGCUUGUUCGAUAAAGAUGGUGAUGGUUCCAUCACAACAAAGGAGCUUGGAACUGUGAUGAGGUCACUAGGCCAAAAUCCAACCGAGGCAGAGCUACAAGACAUGAUAAACGAAGUUGAUGCUGACGGUAAUGGAACAAUCGAUUUCCCUGAAUUCCUAAACCUUAUGGCAAGGAAAAUGAAAGACACAGAUUCAGAGGAGGAGCUGAAAGAAGCAUUCAGAGUGUUCGAUAAAGAUCAGAAUGGAUUCAUUUCUGCUGCUGAACUUCGUCAUGUAAUGACCAAUCUUGGCGAGAAGCUAACUGAUGAAGAAGUUGAUGAGAUGAUUCGAGAGGCUGAUGUUGAUGGUGAUGGUCAAAUUAAUUAUGAUGAAUUUGUUAAGGUUAUGAUGGCCAAGUGA